AUGCGCAGUACAACGCUGCAGACGUCGAGCGUCGCGUGCCAGCCAGGCGUAUUUGCGCCGACUGGAGGAGCGCUCGUCAGCGGAUCUACUCGUGGGCCAUUGACGAAGGAUGCGAAGCUCGACAUUCGCGUGUUCACCGGCAAGGAGCUCCACAAAUGCUUGAGUGGCGGCUUCAAGCACUGGGGCCGCGCGUUUAGGGAAGAGCUCGAAAUGGCUCAAGAGGCGUGCGGCUACGCGUGGACAGAGAAGUAUAAAAUCAGCAGGCUUGGUGCGUGUCUCCGAGGAGAAGCUGAAGAGUUCUUCCAUGGACUCAGGGACGGGUGGUGGGACACGGACAGAACGCUUUCCUAA